UCAGUGACGUGUAAAGUGUUCAGCUAAUACAGUUUUUGUUGUCUGUAUUUGAAAAAAAAUGGCAUCUUUCCUGGAGCUGAUGUCAUUCUACUUUCGUUUAGGCUACUGAUGUUAGCAGUCGUUGACUGAGGAAGCAGUGAGGUGAGCACCAGCAGGAAAUGAAGGAGAGAAUGGACCCGGAUGUGGGUUAAAUGAUUGGUUUAUUUGUGGCCAGGAAGUGUAACUGUGUCUCAGUGACGCCUGUGCAGAAAGUCAUUGCAAAGCACAUCCGCUGUGCACCUCUUAAAGUGAAGUUGAGAAAGGGCGUUUGGUUAUGGCCGGUAACUAAAAGAGAGUUCUAUGAAGUGUGGGAGUUGCCAGUAAUUUUGACUGAGAUGGAGGCUCCACUUACAGUCAUCACUGAGAGCUGAACUUUUCAUCUUUCUUCAUUGUUUCUACUUUGUUGCCUGAGGAUCUGAGAUUCCAGACCAUGGAGAGGAAUCUCAUUCUUCCGGCUCAGCCACCCUAUCAGGAAACUGAUGUCUUUGAGGCAGAGAAACCUCAGCCCUAUUUGGAGGCCAAGCGGUACAUAGAGAGGAUAGAGGAGGAAAACAAGAGAUGCCAAGAAGAAAAACGCACAGACAGAACACAUGAACCACCUGAGGGUCCAGAACCUUUAGAACAUGGGGUUUCCCUGACAAUGUACCCCAUUAGGGUGCCCAGCAUGCAUUUAAGUUGUGCCACAGUGCAAUGGGACAUGCCACAGACUCCUACAGAAGACCCAGUCUCAGACAUAGCCUCUGUGGAUGAGCUUAACUCUAGUGGAGCCAGCUUGGACUGGACUGUUAAUCCGUUGUCCUCUGACAUGCCUUCCCUGAGCCAGGAGGAUAUGAUUGACUUUAUACCAGAGGAGGAGACUGGACAGAUAGACACUGAUGCAGAAUUGCAGCACGCACCAGCUGUAGAAAACAAAGUCAACUCCUGCCAGACAUGUGAUGUGCAGGCCAUAGAUGAGAACGGAUGUGCGACACCAUCAAACAAGGAAGGCCAAGGGACAUUGAAAGACACCUCCCAGACAUCAGAGACUAUUGUGGAUAGUGAUUCGGUGAAAUCUGAGAACAAUAUAGAUGGAAAAGAAAGCUCUGUCUGCAUGGAGGUGUUGGAGACCCAGCUGGGCCUUCAGAGUUCAGAAGUUCUAGAAGAAGAAGAGGACACAGUGCAGGACUUUUUGACUGGGCCAGAGCCAGCACUUGGAGAUGCACGUAAAGAGAAUGAGAGCAUGGGGGUCUACACAGGGGAUGGGAAUGAAAAAAGCAGUGACAACAAAAUUGAAGGUGAAGAGCAUCAAAAUUCUACAUACCAGUCAAGUACAAGUGGCCAAGUACAGGAAGAUGCACAACAAAGUGUGGAGCCUGACCUAAUAGAAGAAUCAGGUCAAACACAUCUGCCCAGUGUUGUAGACCCACCAGAACCAGCAGAGCCACCACCCAUUUGUCCCUGUGAUGUUAGCCAGAUAGUAGAGCCAAAGCAAGAGACAGAGGUAUCACAAGCAGAACAAUCAGAACAGUCAGAGACAACAGGAUAUUCAGAAAAGGCACAGGUCAUGUUUAUUGCAACACUGGAUAUGAUUAGUGAUGAGGCUGUGCAACUAGAGCAAUUACAACAUGCAGAAAAGAUGCAAGGGUCAGCGUGGGCAGACAAGCAAGAGGAAGCAACAUGUGAAGAGCAAACAUUAAGCUCAAUGGAUGCUGAACUUACUGGACAUGAAGAACAACUCGAAUGUUCAACAAGGUCAGAACUCGUAGAAUGUUUAGAUGAGGUGAGACACUCUGAAGAGUCAAAACAGGAAAUUUCUGUUGAUGAGGAACUCUCAGAAGAGUCAAAGAAAUCUGAAUGUUCCACUGAGACAGAACCCUCAGCGCAAUCAGAAGGUUCCAAGGAGAUGCAACACUCUGAUCAGUCAGAACAUUCAGAAUGUUCCACUGAGGCAGAACCUUCUGAACAGUCAGCUCAGUCAGAAAUUUCCAGUGAGACACAACACUCUGAACAGUCAAAACAAUCAGAAUGUCCCAUCGAGACAGAAUCCUCACCACUCUCAGACCUAGAGAAUGGAGAACAAACACAGCAAGCCAACCAACUAGAUCAGCCACAACAGACUGAAAGACAAAACUGUAUUGAGUCUAAACAGCAGAAUGAGGACAAAGAGCAGUCAGAGUGUGCAGGCCAGACAGAACAGUCAUUAGCAGAGCAUACACAUGGAGCCCAAGAACAACUGGAGGGACAGAUGCUGGAGUCUGUAGCACUUGUGGUUCCCUAUGAGAAUGGCAGAGUGGAGGUUGUGGACAGGGAGGAGGCCCGUAAACUAGCUGAAAGACUGUACAAACUUGAAAAUGUUCAGCGGACGGAUGUGGUGCGACAUCUGGACAAAGACAAUGAGUUCAGUCGUGCUGUCGGGGAGGAGUACCUGAAGUUCUUUGACUUCACUGACCAAAGUUUGGACGAAGCUCUUCGGUCAUUUUUGAAAGAGGUGGUUCUGAUUGGUGAGACUCAAGAGAGGGAGCGAGUGUUGGAACGCUUCUCCAGCCGUUACCAGCAGUGCAACCCUCACUCAUUCUCUUCGCCGGGAUCUGUUCUCACACUCACCUGUGCUGUAAUGCUUCUCAACACAGACCUACAUGGACAGAAUGUUGGCAAAGCCAUGUCUAUGACUGACUUUGUUUCCAAUUUGGAUGGGAUGAAUGAAGGAGAAAAUUUCAACAAAGACUUGCUGAAGACUCUUUACCACUCAAUCAAGAAUCACCCACUUGAGUGGGCAGUAGAGGAGAAGGAACUGGUGAAAUCUAUGAUCUUGGAGCAGGACUCCGAACUGGAUGGUUCUCUGCGUUCAAAGAGUAAUCCCUUCCAGGAUAUUGCUCAUGACAAGAAGGCAACUGUGUUUCAGAAAGGCUUCCUGAAGCGCAAGGCGCAUGCUGACAUAGAUGGAAAGCGCAUUCCGUGGGGUAAGAGAAGUUGGAAGACUUUUUAUGCAGUGCUGAAAGGGAUGGUGCUUUACCUACAGAAGGACGAAUACAGAAAGGACUGGCAGAGCUCUGAGGAGGUGCUCAGUGUUCAUCACGCUCUGGCAGAGAGAGCAGAAGACUACACCAAGAGACCGCAUGUAUUCCGCCUUCAGACUGCAGACUGGAGGGUCUUCCUCUUUGAAGCAGCGUCAACAGAACAGAUGAACUCAUGGAUCGGCCGAAUCAACUUGGUGUCUGCUCUGUACUCCUCGCCUCCUUUUCCAGCUGCUGUGGGCUCUCAGAGGAAGUUCUGCAGACCCAUCCUACCUGCAACUCAGUCUACACUCACUCUGGAGAAGCAGCUGCAGUCUCACGCUGCCAUGCUACAGUCCUUUCAGGAGGACCUGAGUGCACUACAGCAGGGGGCGCCAGAGGGCCGCAAAGCCAAAGCUAGAGAGCUGGAGGAAUACAGACUGAGAGAGGAGUACCUACAGCAUGAGAGAUGUCGUUAUGAGGCUUAUCUUCAAAUGCUAGAGGUCUGGCAGAGACUCGGAAAUUCCUCCGCCUCUGAAAUGGCAGGUGGGAUGGACCUCUCUCUUUUUGACCAAGAACUGUGGAGAGGAACGGCUUUAGAAGAGGAGGACGAUGAUGAGUUGGAUGGAGGGAUGAAGAGAUCUCAUUCCAGUCCAUCUCUUGAACUGGAGGUGGCUCCUCCGCCUGUGGUGAAAGUACGGCGCAACAUCUCAGAGAGACGAACUUACCGUAAGAUAGUUAUUCCACGACGUAACAGGGAGGUAUGAGACAGUACAGUGUUGAUGAAACAGACUGUAACAGUACAUUCCAGAAUGUUACAGUAUCAGUGCUUUAAUCCUGUAAAACAUCUUUAAUAGCAGGAAUCCCUUCAUUUUGUGUUGCUCUCUAUGCACAGAUAAUUAUAGCAGAAUGUGUUAAUAACUAACCUCUGUAAGCUGAAGCAGUAGUGUGCGUUCUUGUGAACAGUUUUCCUGGAGAUAGAACAUUAGUUACUGAACCAGUGCUUUUAGUCAUCCAGUCCUGUUUGAAUAAAAUAGCAGAACUCUGAAAAAAAGAUUAAGUACAAAUGAGCACUUUUCACAAUACCACAUUCUCAAGACCGUCAAGGGUAUAGUCUCUCUCAAACACCCUCAAAUUAAAUAUUGCUGAAUUUUUUUUCUCAGUCUGGUGUCCACUGUCUAAUCCAGAGAUAUUUAGAGAACCAACAUCAUCGGAAAAAAAUCAAUUUUGCUUGCCUUUAUUUGAAUAAAAUAGCUUGAUGUAGAUUGUGAACACUGUUUCAAGAUGUACCAUUCGCUCUCCCAUUCAAAUAUGAAAACUAAGCUACCAAAAAAGCCUGUUUUGAAUUAAUUGUUCAAGUAAUGUCAUGAAAACCAAUACAUUUACAUAAAGGAAGCUUGUCAUAGUUAAACUAAGCCUACACUUAACUCCACCCACUGACACUUAAGCAGUGUUUCAAAGAAGCCAAUUAGAACAGAGCAUAUUUACAUAUUAGUUUUAAAUGUCCAUGAUGAUAACAGGUUGCACAACUGCUUAAGGGGUAAAGACAAGUUGGAAAAGUGUCACUUAAAAAAAAAAAAGAUUUCUGGCAUUUAUUGGUAA